AGGAGAAACUGUAUCAGGAGGAGCAGCUGCUGUGCCCUGAGGGGUUUUUCAUCCUCGUGACCAAAAUCUAUAGUCAUAGGUGAAGCGUAUUUAUUCCCAACCAAGCUGGGGAAAUCUCAAAUAAUCCUUUGCAGGUAAAAGGGCUCUGCCAGAAUUAAAGCAGGUAGCACUGUGUGCCGGGGGAGCUGCAGCUCUGCCCAGCUGAAGGUCGGGAAGGGACCAUCUCAGUCCUACAGAAAGGUGAACCCUCAAGAAGGUCCUCCUCUGGUUUUUGGACAGCAGCGUUGAGUGGAUUUCUGCUGAGGCCAUGUCCUCUUCCAUCAGAAUUGAAUCUGUCAUGAAGGAGAAGAACCGGAUGGGAGAAUGCCCGGUCUGGGAAGAACGGGAGAACGCGCUCGUCUAUGUUGACAUUAAUGGCCAGAAAGUCUGCCGCUGGAGUGCGAUCAGCCAUGAGGUGCAGUGCGUGUCUGUGGAUGCCCGUGUCAGCUCUGUGGCCCUGCGGCAGCGUGGGGGCUAUGUCAUCACCCUGGGGACCAGGUUUGCCUUUCUGGACUGGGACACCCAGAAGGUCACCACCAUCCUCGAGCUUGAGCAGGAUAAACCCAACAACAGGUUCAAUGAUGGCAAAGUGGAUCCAAAGGGGAGGUAUUUUGCUGGCACGAUGGCUGAGGAGACAGCACCAGGGGUCCGAGCAAGACGGCAAGGGGCUCUCUAUACUCUUUUCCCUGACCUAUCAGUAAUAAAACAGUUAGACCAAGUGGACAUCUCCAAUGGUCUGGAUUGGUCCCUGGACCACAGGACCUUCUUUCACAUUGACAGCCUGGCGUACGCUGUGCAUGCCUUCAACUAUGACUUAUGCACUGGAAAGAUUGCCUGCCCCAGACUGGUGUACCACUUGGAGGAGGAGGAGCGGAUGCCCGACGGGAUGUGCAUUGAUGCAGAGGGGAAGCUCUGGGUGGCCUGCAUUGAUGGAGGAAGAGUGAUCCGCAUCGAUCCAGAGACAGGAAAAAGAAUCCAAACUGUGAGGCUGCCGACUUCAAGGAUCACCUCCUGCUGCUUUGGAGGAAAGGACUACACGGAGAUGUACGUGACGUCUGCCUACGAUGGGCUGGACGAGGCCACCCUCGCCAAGGAGCCUCAGGCAGGAGAGAUAUUCAAGGUGAUGGGAUUUGAGAUCUUUCUGUAAAUUAGACCUCUCAGGCCUGCAGCUCCUAUGUUCGCCUGUUUAUAUAGCAUGUUCUGUAAUAUACUGUAAGGAAAUAAGUCACCAGAGCAAAACUUUGCAUCCCAUUCCGCCAGAUUGUGAUAUAUAUAUAUUUUUUUGGAUGUUAAAAGUGGGCUCUACAUUUUAAAUAAUUAACA